AUUUAGAAAAGUCAUACAGUUUAAGUCAGUAGACAAACCGCGAUCGCAUUGUUUUCUUCUCUAUUUUCUUUUAAACAAGCUCAUAAUUUGGUGUUUUGGUGUGAACAAAUGCAAGUCAACCUAUUUUCACUUGUAUUUUAUCAAGUUUUUCGACCUUUCCUCGAAACACUCAACAAAAAGAGAGAGAGAGAGAGUCUAGUGUUGCCUUGUCAAGUGUUUGUUUGUACAGUGUACACGGAGACAGAUGAUUUUCAUACUUGAUUCUUAUCACUUAUCUACAUAAAUACAACGUUGUUGGUCAUUGUUAAUAAAGUAAAACGAGCCACUAAUUAUUAAGUUAGGUGGUACACCCGUCUUAAACCUACAACUUGUUUUGUGUGGAGCUGCAAAUAUAUAUUAGUUGCAUUGCUGGUUUUCUCAACAAUUUUCUUGUGAGGUCAUAAUAAUUCACUGCAAAUAACAUCGCAAAAUGUCUGCAAAUUCCAAGAAACUGGUGUACACAAGAGACAACUGUCGUUUAACAUUUGACCAGCGAUGCUUCUACGAAAAGAAUGGUUACCUUGUCAUUCGGAAAUUGGUUCCUUUGGACUUGCUGCAAAAGUGCAGUCAACGAUUCGACGACAUAGCUUCGGGUGCUGUCAGCAAAGACAUAAUGACUGUGAUGCGAGACGUAUCCGACCGAACAUCCGUGAACAAAAUUCAAGACAUAACACAAGACGAAAUCCUUCGACUGUACAUCAAUUACGAUCCAAUGAUCGAUAUUGUUGAAGCGGUUACCGGACCGAAUGUUAUGGCUGUUCAUAGUAUGUUGAUUGCGAAGCCGCCGGAUUCCGGUGCAAAUACUAGCAGGCAUCCACCUCAUCAAGAUUUGUACUACUUUGCGUUCCGUCCAGCGGAACGGAUAGUAGCUACUUGGACUGCUAUUGAACCGUGUGAUUCUCUCAACGGAUGCCUUUUUGUAUCGCCAGGAUCGCAUUUAGAACAGAAGUUGUACCCUCACGAGUAUCCGCCGGGUGCAAAUAAUAAAUUAUACCACGGGAUACAAAACCUUCCGAAUACGACGCAAUGGAUAGAUCUAGAAAUGGAACCAGGUGAUACCGUUUUCUUCCAUCCUUUGUUAAUUCAUGGAUCUGGGGUAAACAAAUCGAAUCGUACAAGAAAAGCUAUAUCCUGCCAUUACGCCGCUGGCGACUGUCACUACAUCGAUAUAAAAGGCACUGUUCACGAACCAAUCGCCAAGGAAAUAGUCGAAGUUGCAUGCAAACGAUAUUCGCUGAGCGGAAUCGAGUACAACGAUAUAUGGCGAUUGAAAAACACUCUCGUGCGUGGAGUUCGCUCAAAUUUGUAAACGUUUUGUAUUCGAAAUAUUCUUUUAAUAAGACGAUAAAGAACUGGGGAGGUAUAGCGAAAUUUCAUAUUUUAUAACCAUAGCGACAAGGCCCAAGAUAGUGUGAAUUCAUUCGGUCAAUAAUUUGUAUGAAAUUUACUGGUAGAUGUUACAUUAACCGGUAAGAAUUACAUUUAUCGGUAAGCAUUACAUUUACUUGUAGAUGUUACAUUUACCGGUAAGCAUUACAUUUACCGGUAAGCAUUACAUUUACCGGUAAGCAUUACAUUUACCGGUAAGCAUUACAUUUACCGGUAAGCAUUACAUUUACCGGUAAGCAUUACAUUUACCGGUAAGCAUUACAUUUACCGGCAAACGUUACAUUUAACGGUAAAGUUCAUACAAAUUUUUUGAAUUCAUUAACCUAAAUUAAUACCUAUUAAAGCCGCAAUAUACAUUUCUCUUCUGUCGAAAAAGUUCUCUUUCCUCCCUUCAGUCGCCAAAGAAAUUUUUGCCGCUAAUGGAGCAGGAACUUUUUUCGACAUUCUGGCAUGGUGUAGGUUGCAGAUAAUGUAUUAAUGACUUUAGUGGGUAAUAAAAAACAAGUUUGGUGAAUGCGA